GACACAACUCGCGGGUAGAGUGGGCGCAUGCGUGAAGUGGGCGCAUGCGUGAAGUGCGCACAGCGAAAAGGCACAAGACAGUUCCAGAAACAGUUUGUCUCGCUUUCGUGGGCUGUGAUUCUAUCGGUUGGACCUUCUGACUCGUGUGGGCCUCCCUGUGAGGCCCGAAAGGGUUGCUUUCUACCCUACAUGGAGUCGUCGUAUCUCCAGAAGCAUCUGGGGACAUGUCUAACUGAAGGUCUUGCAGAAGUGGCGAGAGUUCGCCCCGUGGAUCCAAUAGAAUAUUUAGCAUUGUGGAUUUACAAGUACAAUGAAAAUAUAACCUUGGAACAACUGCGACAGAAGGAGAUGGCCGAGCUGGAGCAUGAACGAGAGCUGGCUCUGCUGGAGCAGGAAAUGAUGGAGAGACUCAAGGCGGAGGAGCUCAUGUUUCAGCAGCAACAGAUGGAACUCCAGCUGGAGCUGGAAAUGCAAGAAAAGGAGAAGCAGAGAAUAGAAGAACUACAGAAAGCACAGGAACAACUAGAGAAGAUGAGAAUGGAAGUUAUUGCUAGGGGUGAAGACAGCCUGCGCUCAGAGGAUGCACUGCCAGACUCAGGCAAAACCCUGGCUGAAAUCAGUGAUCGCUAUGGAGCCCCUAAUCUGAGCAGAGUGGAAGAACUGGAUGAACCAAUGCUCUCCGAUGUUGCAUUAAACAUUGAUCAAGAUUUGUAGAAUCGAACAUCCAAAGUGCAAUAAAAAUUUUUCUGACUGAUUUCAAACUUCAAAGCAGGAACCCUCAUUUAUUUUGCCAUCAAACUUGAACUCUGCUUUUUUUUUUUAAAUAAAAACUUUUAUUUAC